AUGGCAACGGCCGUGCGGAGUCUGCCGCCGGGCCACGCGUUCGAGCCCAGCGGCCACCAGAUCAUCACGCAGUACCUCGCACCCAAGGCGCUCCGGGGCGACGCCACCCCGGGGCACGUCGCGGAGGGCGUGGACGUCUUCGCCGCGAGCCCCGCGGCGCUCCCCUUCCACCCCAGCACCAGGCGGCGGCACGGGGAGGCGUGGGGCUACUUCUACGGCGCCCAGGCCAGCGGCGACGCGCUGCCUGCGCCGGGCGGGUGCUGGGCGCGCUACGGCCGCGAGAAGGGGUACGUGCACGGCGCCGGCGCGGCCGCGGAGGCGGUCGCGUUCCGAAGCAGGUUCGCGUUCCACGUGCCGCGGCUGGGCGGCGACGGCGGGGCGGCGUGGGCGCCGACGCCGUGGCUGAUGAAGGAGUACCGGCUCAACAAGGGCGCGGCCGCCUUCCGCGCCGCGCAGCCCGGCCCGAAGGCGGACAUGGACUGCGUGGUCCGCAAGAUCUUCACGAAGCCGGUGGUGGCGCCCCCUCCGCCGCCGGCUUGCAGCUCCGACGAGGAGGACUCCAGCGGCCUCGGCGUGGACGAGGAGGACGACGGCUACUACAGCGAAGAGGACCGGAGGCGCGUCGGCUGCUCCAUCGAGGGCCCGCCGCGGAAGCGCGCUCGACCUAGCUGAUGCCGACCGCGCGCGCACGGGUGUGGGGAUCGUGGUCCAUCCGGACGACUGGCUCGUGUCUCGCCGCGUUCCAUCGGUCAUGAGAACAAUCCAGGAUCGCUGCUGUGUGUAUCGUCCUGAAAGCUUUUGAUUUAGCGUACAUGGAUUUCGAUAGUGCAGUCAUCACCAAACCGCAGUUCAGAGAAACUGGUAGAGCUGAGAAUCUGAAUCUGCACGUAUCUUGCGCUGGUUCUGCAGCAUUUUGAUUUGCUUGCUCUUGUAUGAAAUAGUUCAGGAAACAUAUGCUUCAGGGUUGCAGUUCUCUUGUAUGUUGAAGUAGCAGUUUGUUUGUAAGAGUUGUUCACUAGCCAAUUCUCAUCGUCGAUGCAGAGUAAAAGCCCCUCUGUCCCCAAUCAACUCUCUGCUUAGUAAUCCUUCCUAGUGCCUUUGCAGAAAUGUG